AGACUACACUUAGCUAUAUGUUUUAGAAACCGUGAGUUUCCAGUGCCCUGAGAAAGUUUUUGAUAGCUUAAUUUGACAGCACUUGCUAUAACCUACUGUGGUAAGUUUCUCCUUGCUGCGGCAAUUCAAUGAGACUGCUUGGUUGUGAGACUCAGAGAAUGGAAGAAAGUCUGUCAACUUCUCCACGGUUAGCCCGAAGCCCGGGCAAUUCUACCAGAGUCCAUAGCAUUGAAGCAAUCUUGGGAUUUAAAGACGGGAAUAUGUUUCAUUCGACGUACGUUUAUAAUGGAUCACCACGAGUUGCUCCGGACGCACACAGAGGUCACACUCCUGCUGUCUCGCCGCUUAGGAAGGAACAUAACUCAGAAACUUUUCAGAGUGUUUGCUGUUCCUCUAGACCAAAUUCUGCGGUCAGUUCCGUGGCUGAUGGAGACUGUAAACUAUCUGAUGAUGAAAAUCCGAAGAAGAAACACCGCAGAAAUAGAACCACGUUUACGACCUUUCAGUUGCACGAACUUGAGCGUGCCUUCGAGAAGUCGCAUUACCCUGACGUAUAUAGCAGAGAGGAACUCGCGCUCAAAGUUAACCUGCCAGAGGUCCGCGUGCAGGUGUGGUUUCAGAACCGCCGAGCCAAGUGGCGUCGUCAAGAGAAACUGGAAGUGAGCUCCAUCAAGCUCCAAGACUCUGCGACCUCCUUGUUGUCUUUCAGCCGCUCGUCUCCCCAAGCGCUGAGCUCGGGCCUCAGCCUGGAGCCCUGGCUCAGCACCCCCCUCUCCAGCUCCACGUCCCUCCAGUCGCUACCUGGCUUCAUGGGGCCCCAGCAAGGCCUCUCCGGCAGCUACACACCCCCACCCUUCCUCAGUGCUCCUUCACUGAGCCACGGUCUGCCCCACAUCGGUAGCAUGUGCCCUCCGCCUCCUUACCAGUGCUCAGGGUUCAUGGACAAAAUGUCACUGGAGGACUCAGACCCCCGCAACACUAGUAUUGCAUCACUUCGAAUGAAAGCCAAAGAGCAUAUUCAAUCUAUUGGGAAGACAUGGUGAGGGGUCCGAGUUAAAAUCAUGAACACUGAACUCAUAAACAUGAACUCUGGUGGAACUCUUUUCCGGGGAUCCUGAGAUGUUUUGGGUACAUAUCCCAGGACCUGAUGAUCAGAAAUGUGUCAUCCAGCAUGCUGCAUAAUGCUGUGAAUGCUGAUGUUCUGGAGAAUCCCUUGAUGUCGCUGAUACUCAAGAGGUUAUAUCAGUGACUGUAAAUAAAUCAUGUACAGCCAUUAUAUACUGCGUUCUUUGUUGUGUGGGUGCCAUUUAUCUAAUACAGAUUUGCAAAUGGCUUUUCACACAUGAUUUUUGUGACAAUCCUGACCUGAGGAAAAUGAAUGGAAGAAUGAUCUCUUUCCAUUUGCUUUCCAUUAGUUUUCUGUAAUGAUAACAUGCAAAGACAAUCUAUUUAUUGCACUAAUU